AACAGAUGGACGUGAACUCGCUCCACUCGGUUGUAACCCGUCGCCAGCACGUUUAGCUGUUUGUCACCUGUUGUGUGUGAAAUCUGGGUCAAGUGUGGGCUUGCAUGUGAAGUGGGUGGUGCUGUAGUCUGCACAGAGGGGACGCUCUCUUCCUGCAGCCACAAUCCUUCCCGACUCUCUGCAGGGAGGUCCGCUCAAGCACAGGACCUCAGACCCGAAGAUGUCGCAGGAGAAAGCCGUCCUCUUCAACUUCUGGGGAGUCGUUGUCCCUUCAGGACCCGAUUCUAUCCUCCACAAACAUGAGGAGUUUCUCAAGCUGCCGAGAGGAUUUCUGUCCAGUGUGGCAUCCCAGAAGGACGGGGCCAUGAGGCAGGCGGAGCGGGGAGCCAUGCCCCUGAGUCAGAUGGUUCCCAGGUUUGAGGAGGAGUGUGUGAAAGAAGCUCGGGCCAGAGGACUGACGCUGCCAUCUGAUUGGUCGGUUGGAGGUCUGCUGGAGGAGUUCAGGAAAGCAAUGAUGGACAUCCGAGACACGGUGCUGAAGACGGCUGCCAAUCUGAGUCAAAACGGGAUUCUGACAGCUGUGCUGGUCAAUCACUGGUUAGAUGACAGCGCUUCUGCAGAUAGCCCGGCCUGGACUCUCUGUCAGCUGGGUGGACAUUUUGACCUGGUUCUGCAGUCCUGCCGCUCGGGUCACAGGGUCCCCGACCCGGCCAUGCUGAGCUCCGCUCUGCAGCCGCUGGGAGUGACGGCAAACCAGGCGCUGUGGGUGGAUGCGGAGGAGGAGGGUGUGAAGGCAGCCGAGGGAUCAGGGAUGAAGGCCUUGCUGGUGGAAAAUCUCCCCGUCGCUCUGGAGAAACUGUCCCUCUUCACCAGGGUUCAGAAAGUUGGAGACGAUAGUCCUCCAGCGUUCUGCGGCUCCGACCACGUGUCUCAUGGAUACGUCACCAUCAGACCUGGCGUGAGGACUCACUAUGUGGAGAUGGGCUCGGGUCCACCGGUGCUGCUGUGCCACGGCUUCCCAGAGAGCUGGUACUCCUGGCGGUACCAGAUCCCGGGCCUGGCUGCAGCAGGGUUCAGGGUGUUGGCUCUGGACAUGAAGGGAUUCGGAGAGUCCACGGCGCCUCCUGAAAUAGAGGAAUAUUCUCAGGAGCAGCUCUCCAAGGAUUUGGUCACCUUCCUGGACAAAAUGGCGAUACCACAGAUCACGCUGGUGGGCCACGACUGGGGUGGCGCUCUGGUGUGGACCAUGGCCCAGUAUCACCCCGAGAGAGUCCGGGCGGUAGCGUCUCUGAACACGCCCCUUUUUCCAGCCGACCCCGCCGUCCCUCCAGAGAAGCUGGCCGCUAAUCCCAUCUUUGACUACCAGCUCUACUUCCAACAGCCAGGUGUAGCAGAAGCCGAGCUGGAGAAGGAUUUGGAGAGAACGUUCAAGAUCUUCUUUUUCAGCAGCAACGAACCGGCGAGCCGUCCUGCUCUCAGCACUGCAGGCGUCCGAGCUCGAGGUGGUCUGUUUGUGGGUCUGCCAGAGGAGGUUCCCCGCAGCGCCAUGCUGACGGAGGCCGAGCUGCAGUACUACGUCAGACGCUUCAAAGAGAGCGGCUUCAGGAGGCCCUUGAACUGGUAUCGAAACCACGAACCCAACUGGAGGUGGAUGUGUUCUCAGCCCACCGGGAAGGUUCUGAUGCCGGCGCUGAUGGUGACGGCAGGUAAAGACCCCGUUCUGCUGCCGGCUCUCUCCCGAGGAAUGGACGACUUGAUCCCGCACCUGAGCAGAGCUCAUAUCGAGGAGUGUGGACACUGGACGCAGAUGGAGAGGCCGGCAGAGACCAACAGGAUCCUGAUAUUGUGGCUUAAAGAGGUGCACAAGAAGACUGCAGGUGUCACGGUGGCACCCAAACUGUAAGGAAGGGAGGAAGGGAAGGAGAAGCUCGUAGGAGGGUUAAAAAGAAGUGAGAACAAAUAAGUGGACAAAAUUUCAAAUUUCUAAAAUGUUUCGCUUCUAAACACUCCAUACUCAAAACUGUUGGGCUUUUAUUUCACAAUAAAAGCUCAUUUUUCAGGGCCUUACUGGACACAUUUUCCUGAAACAAUAUGGCCACUAAUGUGUGACGUGCUUCUUUUUUUUUCUGUUCCGAUAGUUGGUGCAAUAAAAUCCUUAACAGUU